CGCUGUGUCUCUCUCACUGUCUGUUUAUCUCCUCACGCACUGCGGGGGUCUCCUGGCUGCCUCCCACCCGGAUGGACUGAGUGCCCGGCCGAGCCGAAUAAGAAGGAGAAAUCACCCUCCAGAAAUAACAGCCACCCUGAGAAACAGAUCAGCUCUCCGCCGCCUGUGAAGGACCCGAGGACCUGGACAACAUGGCUCUCCUGCCCGACCUGACCACCCUGGUCCUGCUGCUGCUGGCCCACUCCAGCGCCUGGACCCUCGCCACCCGGGUCGGCCCCCAGCGUGCCGGGGCCAGGAGGGGCCUUCGGGACCAGGCUGGGGAGGCCAGUACGUCCCUGCUGGCCCUGGGGGAGCCCUGCGGCGUCUACACCCUGAGCUGUGCCAAAGGGCUCCGCUGCGUGCCCCCCCCACGGGACCCCAGUCCUCUCCAGGCUCUGCUGCAGGGCAGGGGCUUCUGUGCCAAGCAGGGCAAGACGGAACCCACAGAGAGGCCCAACCCUUCAGGUCCACAUCCUCCAAACAGUGGUGAUCUGGAGAAAGCACCCUGCCGUAAGCUCUUAAAUUCUGUACUGAGGGGUCUUGAACUCACGAUCUUCCAGUCGAACCGUGACAUCUACAUCCCUAACUGUGACACUCGGGGCUUCUACAGGAAGAAACAGUGCCGCUCGUCCAAGGGUAUGCAGCGAGGCCACUGCUGGUGUGUCGAUGAGCACGGCAUGACGCUGCCGUCACGCGUGGGAGAGGACGGCUCUUUGCCUUGUGACGGGGAGUGAAGGCCACUCUUUACCUCAGAGUCCUGAGCCCAGAAAAGGAGGAAAACGAAAGGUUUUAGUUUGGUCUGGAUACUGUCUGGCUCAGCGAUACCAGGGGCUGACACCCCCCCCCCCAAAAAAAAACUGCAAGAACCUCUCAUUGAAAAUUUCUCCUAACAUGGCCAUUGUCUCUCUACCCCCAAAUCACCCACCUGAGAUGCUCCUGCUGUUAUCAACUACAAUGGUCAGUGCAUGCUAAGAUUUUUCAUUAUUUACAGAUAUAUAAACACCAUUAUGAGUGCCGGAAACAGCCAUGCUGGGCAUUCAGAUGGAUUUACUGUCAUUUCCGCAAUCAUCUAAGCGGGAAAAUAUAUGACUAAAUUGCUCUCACUGUAUUCAUUCUAAACUUUUAAAGAGAGCACUCCCAUAACAUAGGUUAAAAGUGGAAAAUACUAAAUAUUACCUUCGAUCAUAUAUGUGUCGUUGCACUGCCCUCCAGUGUUUAACACACGAGAGUUGUUUUUAAAUAAAGGCUUCUUUGUACUUUUGUUUAAUUCUGAGGGCAUUUUCAAAAAGAGCAUACCAAUGCAAGUGAAGAGCAAAAGUUAAAAUAAAUUUCUGUUAAAACUUUUUUUUUUUCUCAUCUCAAAUAAUGGGGAGAUAGUUUACUAAAGCCAGAUUUCAGAUCUCGGAGUAUAUGCUGUCAACCUACUCACUUCAGUCCAAGACAGGUAUUAAUUCAGGGUGUGUGCCCCUCCCUAAAGCACCAGAGCCAAAGUAUUUCCCCAAAUAACACGGUAUAGAGACAGAAAUCUUUACGCAUCAAUGCCUGCAUUGAUCCCCCAACACUGCAGGUACAUUCAUAAGCACUAUUACACUUAAGGGAAUCACUCAUGUUAAGUUUUCUUUCUGACUGACCCUCUAUACGCAACAUACACUGAUAAUGUUAUAUGUCGUAAUGUUAAUAUGCCUUUUCAUUUCCAUUUUUUUUAUUUAUUCUGGAGUGCAAUGUUUUUGUUAUACACAUUUGCUUAAAUGUAAUUUGUACACUUUGUAGA